AUGGGUGCCCUCGACAGACUCUCGCAGAUUGGUGGCCAGCUCACCGGUAACCCUACCGCUGGCGGUCGCGACAAGAUCCUGGAGAAACGUCCCGAUGAUGUCGUCGUCACGGCUUGCUGCCGAAGCGCCUUCACCAAAGGCGGCAAGGGCGGCUUCAAGGACACCCAGGCUGCCGAUAUCAUGGCCGGUGUCCUCACGGCUAUCAUCGACCGGUCCAAGAUCAAUCCUGCCCUCGUCGAGGACAUUUGCGUCGGCACAGUCCUCGCCCCCGGGGGCGGCGCCACCGAGAUGCGCGCCGCCAGCUUGUUCGCUGGGUUUCCCGAGUCCACGGCCGUUCGAACCCUGAACCGCCAGUGUUCGUCUGGUCUCCAGGCUUGCAUUGACGUCGCCAACCAGAUCAAGGCGGGCAUGAUUGACGUAGGCAUUGGUGCUGGCGUUGAGAGCAUGUCGCUGCAGUACGGUCCCUCUGCCGUUACCGAGUUCUCCGAGACUUUGGAAUCGAACCAAGAGUCCGCCAACUGCAAGGUGCCCAUGGGUGUCUUGUCCGAGGACAUGGCCAAGGACCUCAAGAUCUCGCGGGCCGACCAGGACGCCUUCGCCGCGUCUUCGUACCAAAAAGCCGUCAAGGCUCAGAAGGAGGGCCUGUUCAAGGACGAGAUUGUCCCUCUCAAGGUCAAGUUCGAGGACCCCAAGUCCGGCGAGACCAAGGAGAUCACCGUGGCCCGCGACGACGGUAUCCGGGAAGGCAUCACCGCCGAGUCCCUGGGCAAGAUCAAGCCCGCCUUUGCCGCCGACGGCAGCAUCCACGCCGGCAACGCCAGCCAAAUUUCGGACGGCGCCGCCGCCGUCCUGCUCAUGAGACGGUCCACCGCCGAGAAGCUCGGCCAGACCAUCCUUGGCAAGUACGUCGCCGGCGCCGUCGUCGGCGUCAAGCCCCUGCUCAUGGGUCAGGGUCCCUGGAAGGCCAUCCCCAAGGCCCUCGACCUCGCUGGCAUCUCCAGGGACGACGUGGACAUUUACGAGAUCAACGAGGCCUUUGCCAGCCAGUGCUUGUGGAGCGCCAACCAGCUCGGCAUCCCCCACGACAAGAUCAACCCCAAGGGCGGGGCGAUUGCUUUCGGCCACCCUCUGGGUUGCACCGGCGCCCGCCAAGUCUCCACCCUUCUCUACGAGCUGAAGCGGACUGGCAAAAAGGUUGGCAGCACCAGCAUGUGCGUCGGCACUGGUAUGGGCAUGGCCUCUGUCUGGGUUGCCGAGUAA